CCCCACCGCCCGCCCCCGCGGUGACACCGAGCAGGAAGCGCGCGGCGCGGGCAGAGCGGGAACCGCCGCCGGACCCAGCGCCGCCUCCUCCUCCUCCGCCGCCGCCGCCAUGAACGGCAAAGGACCGUAUCCCACCCAGCCCUCCUACCCUGUCCAGUCUCCAGCCAACCCAGCCGUCUACCCCCCGACCGUGCCCCUGCCCCAGCCACCGCCCUACACGGACGCCCCUCCGGCUUAUUCCGAGCUUUACCGUCCCAGUUUUGUGCCCCUGGGAGCUGCCACCGUACCCACAAUGUCCGCGGCGUACCCGGGCGCUUCCGUCUUCCUGCCUGUGGCCCAAUCUGUGGCUGUGGGUCCCAUUGGCUCCUCAGUCCCAAUGGCGUAUUAUCCCGUGGGACCUGUGUAUCCGCCAGGUUCGACGGUCCUGGUUGAAGGUGGCUUCGAUGCGGGAGCACGGUUUGGGGCCGGUGGAACCGCCAGCAUUCCGCCCCCUCCUCCUGGCUGUCCCCCUAAUGCCGCCCAGUUGGCCGUGAUGCAGGGAGCCAACGUCGUGGUGACACAGCGGAAGGGAAACUUCUUUCUGGGAGGCUCAGACGGCGGCUACACCAUCUGGUGAAGGCGGAGGGAAAGGGGGCGAGGGGGGGCUACAUGUGUGUAAGGAACGACAUCCCAUCCUGUCAGCACUGCUCACCACCUAACUGCUUUAGUCCAUAUUAACCUGAAGUCGCAGACCAGACACGCGGCGGUGAGGGCUCUUCCCGGUGCGUUGCCCGGCCCCGCAGGCACUUUAAAGCGAAACAAAACUCCCUGUUCAUGAGCGCGGUGCCUCCGUUCACGUGGGGAGGGGGGAACGAUGCACAGCGUGAGCGUGAGCGCAGCAGCCCUGCCUCUUCCUUGUGUUUCACUGGAGUGAUUCUGUAGCGCUGAGUUCCUGUUAAUCCGCUGCCUGCGUGCUGGCUUUAGGGAGGGCGAGGGAGCCGAUCCGGUGCCGCCUUCCCUCCGCAGCCGUGCCGGAGCCCCAGAUCGCCCGAGUGUCCCAAGCCAAGGCACUGGGUGGAAAAGCAAGGGCAAACUUCCCUUCCCACCGGCAGGGAGGGCACCUUGGCGCUUCUUUCUUCCUGACCUCACUCCGGAACGGAUCCCUUGACGCACUCUGCGCUCACCUUUGCCCGUCGCUUCCCUCCCAGAAGGUUUGCCGCUGGCACCUGGCAUUGGGAGGGGUUUCUACACUCCAAGUACUCUUGGAUUUCUUUGCACAUUAGCUCUGAUUGAAGCUGUGCUUUGGUGCCAGGACCCCAGCGCAGCUCCUGUGUGAACGGGCCGUUCGAUGCUAACUAGGCUGUAGAACCAUGCUCCAUAAACCAACCUCUGUUCUUUCCCACUCAACCCGAUGUCUCAACCACCAAACUCCUGAAGGUUCCAAGGUUCCUCAAAGGUUUGCUGCCAUGCCAUGAACUUCCUCUUUGGGUUUUCUUUUUCCUUCGGGUUUGAUUUAAGGGAGGAGCCGCCCUGGUGGGAGCAGAGCUGGGAUUUUGAGGCUGCUCCUCACCCCAUUCCUCUCUGCUUGCCGGGAUCUCCCCAGGGAUGUGCAGCAACCAUCAGUCAACAACAAAUCAGCUUGAUUAGUGGGGGAUUAAUGAACGUGUACUUUCAAAAUGAGUGGGGUGUAAUGAAGUCUUAGCGGGGUUUAGAGAACAUUUCAGGGAUCCUCAAUGUUUUGGGUUUGUUGUUUUCUUUUUUCCUUUUCCUUUUUUUUUCUUUUUUUUUUUUGCUUUGUUUUAUGAAGAAAAAGAUCAGAUUCAAAUAUAUUUUAUCUCGAGGUUUCAGUUUGAUCUAACUCCGUGUCCUGUCUGUGUUGUGUGUAACCAUCCGACUGACUGUUAUCGCGGCGCAGCGUUCUGUCUCUCUCUGUACACUGUGGUGCACUUAACUCGUGGAUUUUUUUAUACUAAAACAAAAAGUAGAAUAAAGACUAUUUUGAAAAUUUGAA